AGCGGCAAAACUCUCACGGACCCCCACCCCGGCGGCGCCCCUCGACGACCUCCCCGCGCCGAGCCCCUUGCUGGCCAGGGCCUGCACUGAGAGGGCCUGGGGGCGAGGCCGGAGCUGACCGGCCUCAGCCCCGUGCCAGGCCACGAUGCUCGUGAGGAAAGUGCCCGUCUUCGUCCCGGCCUCCCCGUGGGGGCUGCGGCUGCCGCAGAAGUUCCUCUUCCUUCUCUUCCUCUCGGGCCUCGUCACCCUGUGCUUCGGGGCCCUCUUCCUGCUGCCCAACUCCUCUCGGCUCAAGCGCCUCUUCCUGGCCCACCGGACCCAGCAGCCCGGCCUGGAGGUAGUGGCCGAAGUCGCUGGCCACCCCCUGGCCCGCGAGCAGGAGUCGCCUCCCAACCCGGCCCCCGCUGUGCCAGCCCCCGGGGAGGGCGACGCCAGCAGCCAAGCCAGUACCCGCCGCCGGAAAGUGUGGCUGCGGCGCACCCACCCCACCGGGACACGGGAAAUGGCCACGGUGGCCCGGAGCAGCGGCAGCACGGCCCUCAGACCCCAGGAGGGGGGCAUCCCGUUUAGCUUUGACUUCAACGCGUUCCGGAGCCGCCUCCGCCACCCGGUCCUGGGGACCAGGGCAGAUGAGAGUAAGGAGCCCCAGAGCCUAGUUCGAGCCCAGCGGGAGAAAAUCAAGGAGAUGAUGCAGUUCGCCUGGCAGAGCUACAAGCUUUAUGCAAUGGGGAAAAACGAGCUCCGGCCACUCACAAAAGACGGCUAUGAGGGCAACAUGUUUGGAGGUCUCAGUGGGGCAACCAUCAUUGACUCCCUUGACACUCUCUACCUCAUGGAGCUGCAGGAGGAGUUCCAGGAGGCCAAGGCCUGGGUUGAAGAGAACUUCCACCUGAACGUGAGUGGAGAAGCAUCCUUGUUUGAGGUGAACAUCCGGUACAUCGGAGGACUUCUCUCAGCCUUCUACCUGACGGGAGAAGAGGUGUUCCGAAUAAAGGCCAUCAAGCUGGGAGAGAAGCUUCUGCCGGCCUUCAACACUCCCACGGGAAUCCCAAAAGGUGUUGUGAACUUCAAAAGCGGCUCCAACAGGAGCUGGGGCUGGGCCAUGGCCGGGAGCAGCAGCAUCCUGGCUGAGUUUGGAUCCCUGCACCUGGAGUUCUUACACCUCACGGAGCUCUCUGGCAACCAGGUCUUCGCAGAAAAGGUCAGGAACAUCCGAAAAGUCCUCAGGAAGAUCAACAAGCCCUUCGGCCUCUACCCCAACUUCCUCAGCCCAGUGAGCGGGAACUGGAUGCAACACCACGUCUCGGUUGGAGGCCUCGGGGACAGUUUUUAUGAAUAUUUGAUCAAAUCCUGGUUGAUGUCGGCCAAGACAGAUGUGGAGGCUAAAGAUAUGUACUACGAAGCCUUGGAGGCAAUAGAGACCUACUUGCUGAAUGUCUCUCCUGGGGGGCUGACCUACAUUGCCGAGUGGCGAGGGGGGAUUCUGGACCACAAGAUGGGGCACCUGGCCUGUUUCUCUGGGGGCAUGAUCGCCCUCGGCGCUGAGGAUGCCAAGGAAGAAAAGAGGGCCCACUACCGAGAGCUCGCAGCCCAGAUCACCAAGACGUGCCACGAAUCAUACGCCCGCUCAGAUACCAAACUGGGGCCCGAGGCCUUCUGGUUUAACUCCGGCAGAGAGGCCGUGGCCACACAGCUGAGCGAGAGCUACUACAUCCUGCGGCCCGAGGUGGUGGAGAGCUACAUGUACCUGUGGCGACAGACCCACGACCCCAUCUACAGGGAGUGGGGCUGGGAGGUGGUGAUGGCCUUGGAGAAAUACUGUCGAACGGAAGCUGGUUUCUCUGGGAUCCAAGAUGUGUACAGUAGCAUCCCCAACCACGACAACAAGCAGCAGACUUUCUUUCUAGCGGAGACACUAAAGUAUCUCUAUCUUCUGUUCUCUGAAGAUGACAUGCUCUCCCUGGAAGACUGGGUGUUCAACACAGAGGCCCACCCCCUCCCGGUGAACCACUCGGACAGCUCCAGCAGGGCUGGGGGCCGACUCUGACCCGUCUCCCUGCCGCGCCCGGGGCCCCGGAGGGCUGCCUUGCCUUUUCAGGAUUUGGGACUGUUCUCAAAGGGAUUGGGAACGUAGGCCCCAUUCCAGGCAGACCCAGGGCAGAUGUGUCGGACAAGCAACUUCUUUUCCUCUGUGAGGAGACAGGACUUGGAGACGCAGCGAUGUCACCCCAGGCCCAGACUUUCCUUUCUAUGGAGAAUUUCUAUGAAACCCACUCACUUGCCAUUCCAGGGCCCAGUGAAUGGAGGUUUGCAUAUUGUCUCCAUGCCUUUGAUUCACUUCCUCUCAUUUGGGGAGUUUUCUGUUCGUUUGUUUUGCUUGAUUUUGCCUUUUCUCUGCAGUUGUGUUUUAUCAAAAAUUAUAAAUAUAGUUUCAAAAUCAUGUGCUUUCGAAAGCAGCAUCAUCUUGAUAAACUAAACCUUAAAAUGUUCGCACACAGAAACCUUGACCCCAUUUUCUAUAUUUUAAAUGCUUUUUGCCCAACAUUUACUAUACGUUCAACUACGUGGCAUUUACCUUAUAAUUUGAGGAGGCGUUCCCUUUUGAUUUGGGCCUAAGUGUUAACAAAUCACUAGUGCCAUUUUCAUUAUUGUAAUGGAAAAAUCUGUAAACUUACAAUAAAAGAGUUUAUUGAAUAAGAAGUACGAUUGGGUUCAUUGCACAUCAGUGACUCCUGGGAAAACCGUGGCAAUGUUCUCACCCGAAAAAAUAAUCAACCAGCAGUUGAUUUAACAUAAGUUUAGACUCCAACUUCUAUUGCCUUCCCUUAAAUUGGUCCUACAAAUUCAGGAAGGGUGAAGCCAAUCCUUUAAAUGGAGUCGCAUAUUUAUACUUCAGUCAAGGCUUGGAAGAGGCCCAGAGAGGGCCAGCAGCUUGUCUGUGGUCAUGCAGCCAGGUAGAGGCAGAGGUGAGCCCAGUCACAACCCCGUGUCCAUCUGUUCGCAUUCACCAGAUGCGUGCUGAGUGCCCGUAGGAGACCAGACACUGGGCUGGAUGCCAGGGACACAGCUGGGAGUGAAGCAGUCACAAGGCCUGCCCUCAGGGAGCGUACAGCCAAGUGGGGGAAAGAUAGACCAUAAAGUCAACGGACAGAUAAGUAACGUGAGUGCAAGCCGUAGGAAGUGCCACAGAGGAGAUUUGGGGCCGAGACACUAGUGGCCAGGGCUGAUCCGAGGGCAUCAGGGAGAGCCUCUCUGAGCAGAAGACUUUCAAACUGAGGCCUGGAAGAUAAGAAGGAGCAGCAGGAGGAGUAUCCCACAAACCCACUCUCCCCCCGCCCCCGCCCACCCAGGGCCCCAAAACCUUGAGGCCAUUAUGCAGAGCGAGGUGUUCAGGCAGCUCGUCCCACAGCUGACCACACAGGGUAAUUCUGAGCCCUCCUGCAUGCUCAGCCACUUCAGUUUGGCUGUUAUGAACUUUGAGUAGUCCCUGAGGUAUUGGAGCCUAGGCCAAGUGACCUGGCUUUACGUCCCCGCAAUGGGACCCCAGAUAGGUCACCUCACCCCUCAGGCUACUCUUCCAUCAAACAGAGGGAGGAACCUCCACCUCCCAAGGUUGCUGUGAGAAUAAGCAGGGUCCCCUGGCGCCCUGACUGCGGGAAGUGCUUCCUCCUUAUUCUGGAGACAUAGAUGCUUUCAGCAUCUUCUUAAGCAGUGGUCAGAGCUACGGGUGAGCCGUCCCCAUGGCAGGAACCCUGGUGUUUGGUGAGUAAGUCGCUGCUUGAACCCAGGAAAUCACUUCACUCUUGACAGCCUCUGGAGACCUGCCUGUGCCCAUUUAAAAAACAAAACAAAACAGAAAAACCCACUGUGCGAGCAUUGUGGAAAGGGUGAGGAAUAUCUUUAUGCUAAGCAGAAAGAAAAGCCAUCCACCAUUCUACCCUCCAGAAUGAAUAGUUAUAUUUUCUUCCAGAUCUUUUUCUAUGAAUGUACAGAAUAUAUUUUGCAAACAUGGUGUCAUACUAUGCAUCCUGUUUUACUGUAAUCUGCUUUUGCUCUUAACUAUAUACUGUGAGGAUCUUUCCAUGCCAACAAAUACACAUUUAUCACUGUA